GAGCAUGCAAUGGCCGCAUUGUAGAGAUUCUGCUGUGAUGGAAAGGGUAGUAGUUUAGCUGCACUAAGCUGACAUGGCUGACUACUGGAAAUCCCAGCCAAAGAAGUUCUGCACAUACUGCAAGUGUUGGAUUGCAGACAACAAGCCUAGUAUUGAGUUUCACGAGAGAGGAAAAAACCACAAAGAGAAUGUCACCAAGAAAAUCAGUGAGAUUAAAAAGAAAAGCAUGGACAAGGCAAAAGAGGAUGAGAAGAAAUCCAAAGAAUUUGCUGCCAUGGAGGAAGCUGCCCUAAAAGCUUAUGAAGAAGAUCUUAAGAGACUUCAAGGCGAAGUUCCAGUUCCUGUAGGUCCAACAAUCCAACAAAACAAAGCCCGGAAUGAGAACAAGUGGAAGGAGAUUGAAGCAAUAGAAAAAGUGCAUGCUAAAAGGCAGUGGAAGAAAGACAUUUCUCAAGAAGGAUACCCUUAUUACUAUAAUACUUUGACUGGAGAAUCUCAAUGGGAGGAACCAGAGGGAUUUCAAGAUAAAUCAGAAGAGUCCAACAAGGGUGGAUCUGGUUCUGUUUGGGUAGAAGGUCUCUCUGAGGAAGGCUUUACAUACUACUACAACACCAAAACAGGAGAAUCUAGCUGGGAAAAACCAGAGAACUUUGUUUCAAACUUACCAGCUGAGAAUGCUGAGAAAGAGGCUACAAACACAGAGAAUAAGUCUGAAGAAGCAAAAGAGGUCACAGAUACACAAUCAACUACAGGAUCUCCAGCAGAGGAAAAGCCUGAAGCUGCUGUUAUCCAAACAUCAAAAAUAAAUUUUAGUGACAAAAAGGAAACACAAUCUGAGAUUGAAGAAGAGGCUGAUGAAGAGGAAUCAAAACAAGAAUCAAACCAAGAUGUUGUUGAAGAGCAACCCACACCAAAACCUCCAAAAAAAGUGCACAGAAAACCAAAUCCUUAUAGUGUCUGGGAGGCAAUAAAAGAGGAGGAGGAUCCUUAUGAAAACGUGGAUUUAGAGCUUCCAAAUGUGGAGUAUCACAUUCCGGCAGUCCCUAUACCAGAACUACAGCAGGAGCCAAAAAUGAAGUUCAAAGAGAAAUCAAUCACUUCCCUUGAAGGCUCAGUUGGAGGGGACUCUUUCUUCAAGAAAAGGAAGCUGGAAAAUCGCAAAUCCCGAAACAUACGUCGGAGAGCAAAUGAUCAGUAAAGGACCUUGGCCCAAUUUAAAUAUAAUACAUUUUUAACCAGAUUUUGCAAGCAGAUUGUUUUCUAGGAAAGCUUUGCUUGGUUUGACAUAAUAAAUGUUUUAGUUUUCUUCAGAUGUGGAUUUUGAUGCUGUAAAUAUACAAUGGGCAACCACAGAACUAGUGAGCUGAUUCUUUUCUGUAAAGCACAAAAUUAUGCUGAAUUAAAGAAAUGAAUUAGGGCAUGAAAUGUGGUACAGCAUCUUUUAAGCAUAAGGCCCAAUGCUCCUAAAAGCUGUGAGGCAACUCCUCCUUGGGGUAUUUGAUGAAUAGUGUGUAAUAAUGCAGCAAAAGCCGGGUAAAUUAUGGGUGAAUGGUUUUUAUUUACCAUCCUGAAUAUUCCAGGCACCAAUGCCAGCAGAAGUCUGUCACAAACAUUGCACCACUUUCUUAAAAGCUGAAAAACCAGCCAAAAAUAGUUUUUGUAGUUAUUUUUUUCUGAUGUCAACUGUGAAAAAUUGUUAAUAUUUGAUUUUUAAAAAUUAAGUUCUGCAGAAAUGUAUGAAAAAAUGUAAAAUAGAUAUUAAUCUCAGGGCUGGAACCAGAGGUAGACAGCAGAGACCUGUGCCUCGGGAUUAAUUGGAAGGGGGAGCGAACAGCGGAGGGGCUUGGCCUUACAGGGCCGGUGAAGUGGUUGUAUGUGGACCACCCACCAAAGGAUCUGAAUGUGAGCAAGUGGGUGGUGGGGAGGAGCAGCAGACAUUGUCCUGGGUCAAGCAGUAUUGCCUUUGGGCACCAAUACCACUACAGCUCUGAAAAAUCUGAGUUUGUUAUGUAUAGUGUGGGUGUGAACAUUAAUUAAACUGCAGGUUGGUAACCUGCAAAUGAAUGCUGAA